CUCCGCCCUGAGCUCUCCUCCCGCUCGCCGUUAGGGAGGCUCCGCGCCUCAGCUGCUGCCUGGGUUGCCGCUCCCGCCCCUUUUCCCGCGUCUCCUCCGCCGCCGCCGCUGGGGAUAUCCGAGGGUCGUUACCGGGCUGGCCCCGCGCCACAGCCGUCGCUCUAUCUUUCCGCCAGCGGCCGCCUCAGGAAGAGACUCGCUGGCCGCGGAGCCUGUUAGGGCCUCAGUUCUCGCCCUUUUGCCGUCGCCGCGGGUCCUGGAGAAGCGGCCGAGGCCGGGGGACGGGGCUUCGCUGUUCCAACGAUUAACUGCUGAAGUGCUGAUCAAGUUCUGCGUUUCUUCAAUGAGGAACUACAGGCUGAUCUUCUGCCAUAAUCUCAAACAACCAUAAAUGACAAAAAAAUGCUUGCUCAGUGAGGGUAGCUGGUGCAGAAGACAUUUUUUAAACUUAGGUGUUUAAGUACUCAGAGAAAAGACAGCUUUGAUUUCUGGCUGCAAAAAAGAUAUGAGGAAGAGCUCCUCCCCUUCCUUGAGUAACUGCAACUCCGUUCUUGCUAACAAAAUAUUUGGAAUUCCACUUGAUGAGCUGCAGCAGGGAGGACAUCCAGACAAUGAGGUUCCGUUCAUAGUCCGCCACGUUGUGGACUAUAUUGAGGAACAUGGAGGUCUGGAGCAACAAGGACUUUUUCAAGUCAAUGGAAAUGCUGAGACAGUGGAGUGGCUUCGGCAGAGAUACGACAGUGGAGAAGAGGUGGAUUUGGUUAAGGAAGCAGAUGUUCCCUCAGCUAUUAGUCUUCUUAGGUUUUUCCUUCAAGAACUUCCUGAACCUGUUAUUCCUGGCAGUUUGCAUAUUCACUUAAUGCAACUCUCUCAAGAUUAUAAUAAUGAAGAUGAAUUUGGAAGAAAGUUGAGGUUCCUCUUGCAACAGCUUCCACCUGUUAAUUACAGUUUGUUAAAGUUUCUGUGUAGAUUUUUAGCUAAUGUAGCAUCACAUCAUGAAGAAAUUUGGUCUGCAAAUUCUUUGGCUGCUGUCUUUGGUCCAGAUGUCUUUCACAUUUACACAGAUGUGGAAGAUAUGAAAGAGCUAGAAAUUGUAAGCAGGAUAAUGGCGGGACUUCUGGAAAACUAUUAUGAGUUUUUUGAAAAUGAAGAGGAAGAUUUUUUAUCAAAUGAUUUGAGUUCAAUUACUGAACAGGUUAACGAACUUUCUGAGGAAGAAGAUGAAAAGCUGGAACAUAUAGAAGAACUUCCAGAAGAGGGUGUAGAAAAAUCAAAUGACAUGCCAGAAGUGGUACAAUUAAGGAUGACUGAAAAUAUCCUGGAAGCAAAUAGUGUUACACCAUCAACAAGUGCCCAAAUAUCUCCUGCCAGCAUCUUACCAGCCUCUGCAGAGGUUGAUAUUGCUGAUGAUGUUAUUAAUGCCAGUGAUAGUAAUAGAGACUGUUCAGAACCUGUGGCUGGCAGUAACUUAGAAAAUGAAGUUAUGCAGCAAGAUUUUGUAUUUGAAGAUCAAGAAAAUAACCAGUCUGUAGGUAUAAUGUUAGAGCCAUGUAGUGACCAUGGUGAUAGUGAAGAUGGCUAUCUUGAGAGGAAAGAAUAUUUGUUAUUUGAAAAUGAUAAGUUGUCACACUUAAUUCUGGAAUCUAGUAGCAACAUACGUGAUUUGAAUGCUAACACUGAAUCAGAAAUGCCAGGAAGUCAAAGUGUUGGUGUUCAAGGGGAAGCAGCAUGUGUCCAAAUUCCACAUUUAGAUCUGAAGAAUGUUUCUGAUGGUGAUAAAUGGGAAGCGUCAUGCCCUAUCACUUUCCCCCUCAUUGAUUUCAAAACAAUGCAUCUGCAGAGAGAUGGGGAGGAGCCAUUUCCUGCUUUUAAGUCUUGGCAGGAAGAUUCUGAGUCUGGAGAAGCUCAGCUGUCUCCACAAGCUGGAAGAAUGAAUCAUCAUCCUUUGGAAGAGGAUUGUCCCCCAGUACUAUCACAUCGAAGUUUAGAUUUUGGGCAAAGCCAGCGUUUUCUACAUGAUCCAGAAAUGCUAGAGUCUUCAUCUAAAGCACUUUCUUUUGCUCGGAUUCGAAGAUCAUCCUUUGGUUUAAAAGAUGAAAAAAGAGAAGAUAGAACACCUUACCAAUUGGUCAAGAAACUUCAGAAAAAAAUCAGACAAUUUGAGGAACAGUUUGAAAGGGAAAGAAAUAGCAAGCCCUCCUACAGUGAUAUUGCAGCCAACCCAAAGGUUUUAAAAUGGAUGACAGAGCUUACCAAACUGCGGAAGCAAAUUAAAGAUGCAAAACAUAAAGGCUCAGAUGGAGAAUUUGUACCUCAGACACGACCACGUAGCAAUACUCUUCCAAAAAGUUUUGGCUCUUGUCUAGAGCAUGAAGAUGAAGAGAAGGAAGGUGAAGUCAGAGUCAUUCAGAAGGAGAAGAAACAAUCUAAAGAAGUAACUCUUGAACUGAUUCUGAAAAGAUUGAAGGAAAAACGCGUUGAAAGGUGUCUUCCAGAAGAUGUUAAGAAAAUGACAAAAGACCAUUUAGUAGAAGAGAAAACUUCUCUACAGAAAAGUCUACUUUACUAUGAAAGUCAACAUGGAAGGCCGGUGACCAGAGAAGAAAGGCACAUUGUUAAACCUCUCUAUGAUAGAUACAGACUUGUAAAACAGAUGCUGACAAGAGCUAGCAUCACUCCUGUCCUUGGUUCUCCCUCUACUAAGCGACGGGGUCAGAUGUUACAGCCAAUCAUAGAAGGAGAAACUGCACAUUUUUUUGAAGAAAUCAAGGAAGAAGAAGAGGAGGAUAGUGUUAGUUUGUCCUCUGAGUUAAGUGAUAUCUUGAAAACAGCUGUACAGGCACAGUCUUCAUUGGAAAACUCAGAGUCUGAUGUUGAAGAAAAUCAAGAAAAACUAGCUCUGGAUCUUCGAUUAUCAAGUUCCCGAGCAGCUUCUAUGCCUGAAUUACUGGAACAACUUUGGAAAGCCAGAGCUGAGAAAAAGAAACUACGCAAAACAUUACGGGAAUUUGAAGAGGCAUUUUAUCAACAAAAUGGAAGGAAUGCCCAGAAAGAGGAUCGUGUUCCAGUGCUUGAAGAAUACAAGGAAUACAAGAAAAUUAAAGCCAAGCUUAGGCUUCUUGAAGUUCUUAUCAGCAAACAAGAUUCUUCAAAGUCCAUAUAAAAAUACGUUCCUUGAAAAUUCACAUCAUAAAAUCAGUUGUAUUCCUUGAAGCUAUCAUCACUUAACUUGUUGGCUGGUACUUGAGUUCAUUUUGUCAGGCACGCAGAGAAUCUCACUUUGUACUUGGUUGUGGUGCCACUAAACAAAGGAUGGGGAGGGAAAGUAGGCCCUCUCUUGGGAGUGUGAUGUUCCAUAUUAACCAUAAGACUGUCUCUCCACCUUUAGCAAACAAGCCGUUUCCUUCAUUGUUUUCUACUACAGAUACAUCCUGUUAAGCAAAAGACUAGAUUUAUCCUUUGAACUUCAAGAACUUUGGAAAUACAAAUAUUUUAUUUACUUUUUUUUUCCAUUACUGAAGAAUAUUGAGAGGAAAAUCUUCAUGCUGAGUUCUUCGGUUGCCUUUUUUCUUACAGAAUGACUGAAAAUUUGAAAGAAAAGCCUAUAAAAGUGACAUAUGCAACUUUAUUCUGUUUUCCUAGAGAAACCAAAAUCAGACUGAAAUUUCAAGUCCUACUGUGGAACACUUUCCUGUUUAAUUCCAAAAGUGACACAUUCGCACAGGUAGUAUGGUAGCAAAAAUUUGCAAUUCAGUGGUCACUUAGCUCUUGGAUGAAGAUAACAAUGGGUAGACCAAAAAGUGACCUUGCUAAUUUAUUUGUCUAUUGAAAUAUACCACACAUCAAACACAGAAGUAAAUCAUAUCACAUGCUGCCUAUAGGACUUAAGUUACUGUUAUUCCUAAGUUACUGUUUAUCAGCUGGUGAUGUGAUUUUUCUAGAUCAGAUCUUGUGCUCUUCCUCUCCCUCACCCCACCCCCACACACACCAGAUAAUGUGAGAAAAUAGCCAUGUCAGUAUGUAGGAACUCUGAUGGUGCUCAGAUUUGUGUGUUUGAUCAAGUGGGCCUAAAUUGGCAAAAUAAUUAUGCCUAAGUAAAAUCUGUUUUUAACAAGGGCUAUAUACACCACUGCAGUUUUUCAUGUACCUUCAGGGGGCCGCAUUGUUUCCCCUGUCUGAAUUACCAAAAUGUGGACAGAGUCCCCUAUAAAGUGAACACCUUUUCUCAUUCAUGCUUUCUAAAGCAGUGCUUACAGGAUCUGUAGUGAGUGGUAUACCCCUUGUCAUGCAUCUUUUUUCUUUGGCUUUGCAUGCCUUUUUUUUGCAUGCCUUUUUUUCAGGUAUUCUAAUUUUUCUGGAAUGGUGACUUGAUUCAAGCUUAAUGUGUUAAUUUUUUUUCCUGGUGCUUUUAUGGAUUGAUGAGUGUCUCACUUUGUGCCCAUGUUUGCAUGCAGUGGCUCACGCAUGGUUUCUUAACUAGCUAAUAUUAAAAGUUUGUCUCAUACAAGAAUGAAAUUUUACAGCAUCCUUUAAUAACAUGAGGGAAGCAUGAACCUCAGGUUUUUGGCACUAUUAAUAGUAAGCACAUGAAGUAGCAUAGUGUUUCUAGUAUUUUAUAUUUCUCAUGUGUGUGCAAUGAAUGCCUUUUUCAGAGGAGGGAAAAUCCAGUGGUAGUGAAUUUGUAGUUGAGGGAUUUAAAAAGAAAAAAAAAAAGCACUAAAUCCAGUCGUUUUUGUGUGGUUUCCUUUUGAUACAACUAGGUUAUUCAUAAUGUAUUCCUAGGAAAGUAAAACUAAAAUGCCAAAAAAUUGUAUCAUUUUGAUUUGAAUCCAUCAUGUGGUGUACAUUUCAGUUAAUUUUCUUUCACUAUCCAGUGUAACAUCUAAUUUUAUGUGCACUAUAAUAUUGUUUUUUAUGAAUGUUUUAUUUUAUAUACCACAUGCAAAAAUGUCCAUGUGCACUAUUUAAAUGUUUUAAAUAAUAUAUUCCUUCUUUAUAAUGCUGAAUCUAUUUGAGUACCAUAUUUUUAUAAGUCAGUGGCCUGAAUAGUUUGAUUUUAGCAUUAAUAGCUGAUUCCUGAUGUUAGAUAUUGUUAAUAUUUAGCUGCGAGUAGAAUAGCUAACAAUGGCAUGGCAGCACUUAAGCUUUGUACAGUAUUUUGUGUUAUAGUUGAACUGUAGGUGGUAGAAUUAGGCAGUUUGUGAUAGUUAUACAUUGGUAUCAAUAAAAACUAUAUACAAAUCAUAUAUAGAUAUAUAUGUCCACCAGAAUAAUUGUAUUGCUGUGUCUGGCACUUCAUUGUAUAGAAUUUUGUAAUAAAAGAACCUCAAUGUUCUA